CAUGCAGAUGGGAGUCGAAGCAGAAUGGGGUAGAUCUACACCUAUUCUUUUAACAUGGCUAGCAGCAACUUUAGGGAACAGUUACAGCCGUAUUGUAUAGCUGUAGAGGGUUUCCCGGCGGAUACACGUGAGAUCCGAGUGAGACGGUUAUUUACAAAUUGUCUGAAAGCAGAAAAUGUACCGGGCGCACAUAUCAAACAAAACAAAUGGCUGUUGUUAUUUCACGGAAGAGGUGAGGUUGAUGCAUGGUUGAAAAGGAGUGGAAUUCAAUUACCAAAUUAUGUACUUGAGAUCAGUCCUUGUAUACCCUGUGACAUUCCAACGUCAUGGGAAAAGGUAGACCUACAGUCUUUGGGCCCUCUGGUUGUUUCUGGUGAUACAACACAGCAAAAAGGAAAUGUUGGACAACAACAAUAUUAUCCAUAUCCUGGAUACCAAGGUUAUCCUGGUUACCAACCUCAGCCUGGUUAUCGGAACAUUCAGUAUCCAGGCUUAUAUGGUCUAUAUCCGGGACAUCCAGGGAAUGUACCUCAGACGUAUAAUCAGGGAUAUCCUCCGCAGUAUGGUGGACAACAAGGGCCAAUCCCUAUGGGAGCUAGACCAGAUCUUACAGGAACAGAAAAUCCGUUUUAUUUCAAGGUCUCACCACCACCAGGAUACCCAGGGGUGCUUUUUCCUCAAGAGCAGGCUAAAGGUCAAGAAGGAAAAUCACAAGGGAUAGGUGGUCAAUAUCCCGGCCAGUAUGCUCCGAGAUUUCCAGGACCAUACACCCAGGGCCAACCACCACCCUAUAGUGCUUAUCCCAGAAUGCAUCCAGGUCCUAGUGUUUCUCCGAGGAUGGCUCAUCCUUAUCAAUAUCCAUAUCAACCUUCACCAGAAUAUGCACCGGAUGCAUUUGGUAAAUUUGAGAAUGAAGCAGUUGCUGCUGAAGCUGAGAGAGAGGAAGAAGAAGAGGAAGAGGAGGAGGAGGAAGAGGAAGAAACUGAACAGCUAGGGAUAAUCAAGGUUACAGAGAUAUCGCCCAAGACCACAGAGGACACUCUGACCUACUUUUUUGAGAACAGAAAAAAAACCGGAGGAGGGGAAAUCAAGGAAAUGGACUUCCGGAAAGAGUCCGCUACAGCUAUUAUAACAUUCCAAGACCCUGCAGUGGUUGAACGUGUCCUACAGAAGCUACCAUUACUGUUAGAGAAAAAACAGAUCAAAGUGGAGCGAUUUGUCCCGGAGAGCUACAAUUCUGGAGCUAUGGGUAAAGACUGUAAACUAGGCUACAGAGCGGUUGAACGUAUCUUUCAGAAGCUACCAUUACUGUUGGAAAAAAGCAAAUCAAAGUGGAGCAAUACUAUAAAGACCUCACAUCCAGUUUCAAUGCAAAGCGUAUCUUUUAACUCGCUUGAUCUGGUCGAGCUUAUGCUAUUUCAUGGCAUCUGUGUCUGUAUCUCUGCAAACAAACUUUUCGAACACUUUGUCUUGGCAAUGCUGUUGGUACCUCAAGCUCAAUUGCCUUGGCAAUGCUGUUGAAACUGCAAACUUGAUUGCCUUGGAAAUGCUGUUGGUACCUCAAACUCAAUUGCCUUAGCAAUGCUGUUGGUAUCACAAGCUCAAUUGCCUUUAAUGCUAUUGAUACCUUAAGCUUGAGCGCCUUGGCAAUGCUGUUGGUAAGGCUAGCUUGAUUGCCUUGGUAAUGCUGUUGGUAAGGUAAGCUUGAUUGCCUUGGCAACACUGCUGAUACCUCAAGAUUGAUUGCCUUGGCAAGGCUGUUAGUGCAUCAAGCUUGAUUGUCUUAGCAAUGCUGUUAGUUCCUCUAGCUUGAUUACUUUAGCAAUGCUGUUAAAUGGUACCUCAAGCUCAAUUGCCUUUGCAAUGCUGUUGGUAAGACAAGCUUGAUUGCCUUGGCAAUGCUGUUCGGAUGGCAAACUUGAUUGCCUUAGCAAUGCUGUUUGUUCCUCAAGCUUGAUUUGCCUUGGUAAUGCUGUUGGUACCUCGAGUUCAAUCACCUUGGCAAUUCUGUUGGUACCACAAUCUUGAUUGCCUUGGCAAUGCUGUUGGUACAGUUAGCUUGAUUGCCUUGGCUUUGCUGUUUGUACCUCAAGUUCAAUUGCCUUCACAAAGCUGUUAGUAUGGCAACUUGAUGCCUUGGCAAUGCUGUUCAGAUGGCCAGCUUGAUUGCCUUAGCAAUGCUGUUUGGUCCUCAAGCUUGAUUUGCCUUGGUAAUGCUGUUGGUACCUCAAGUUCAAUCACCUUUGCAAUUCUGUUGGUACCACAAUCUUGAUUGCCUUGGCAAUGCUGUUGGUAGAGUUAGCUUGAUUGUCUUGGCUUUGCUGUUUAUACCUAAAGCUCAAUUGCCUUCACAAUGCUGUUAGCACUGCAACCUCAAUUGUUUUUGCAAUGCUGUUAAUACUUCUAGCUCGAUUGCUUUAGCACUUUUGUUGGUACCUGAAGCUCAAUUGCCUUUGCAAUGCUGUUGUUACCUUAAGCUUGAAUGCCUUGGCAAUGCUGUUGGUACAUCUAGCUCAAAUGCCUUGGCAAUGCUGUUGGUACCUCAAUUUUGAUUGCCUUGGCAAUGCUCUUUGUACGGUAACUUGAUUGCCUUGGCAAUGCUGUUGUCACGGCCUUGAUAGUGUGUACCUACAAUGUUAUUGAGAGUAAAUAGUCCCUUCGAUGUAAUUUAGAGUUAAUACUGUUUAACUAUAUCCUUUUCAUUAUAAUCUUUAAAUCUUACUAGAAUGAGGAAUAUGAUGUAUAAACAGAUUGUUCUCACGUUAAGAUUUAAGCUGACAGAGGCUAUAUAUUGAGGCUGUCAUAUCAAAGGACCCGCCGACAUUAUAUAAUGUACUCGCUUGGAAAACGAGUAUGGGUCUCGCUUGGUAAAAAAAGAGUGUUUUACAUUAAAAUGGUUAUCAUUUGUUCAACAUGUGCAGAAGGUGACACUACUAUACUGUAAAAGUACUUUCACGACUUUGAACCAACAUUUUUUAAUCAGAACAGUUGAAUAAAAUGGAAAUGGAACACAUCAAAGAUAUAAUUUAUCUAAGAAAAGUGAAAAUUAUAGUAAAAUAGGAACAAUUAAAAUAUCUAAUGCACAUUCUCUGCCCCUCCUCCCCCCAAAAAAACAACAAAACAAACGGCUCUGAAAUAAAUAAUAUUUUGAUAAUGGUUGCCCAUUAGGGUGCACAGUGAAUUGAAUCACAAAAUGGUCAGUUGUAAAAUAUAUAUGAUAAUUGGUUUGACAGGUAAUGCUUUUUUAGACCAAGCAAGAACCAUACUGGUUACCAAGCAAAGACGAUCUAAAAUGUCGGUGCUUCUUUAGAAACGAUAGCCAGAAGAGAUUGUCACUGGGGAAAAUCUCAAAACCAGAAAAUGGUUCCUUUUUUAAAAUAUCAGUUGAAAGCUUUUCACCUUGAAUUAUCAGCUUUAACAAAUUUUUAUCCCACCAUCUUCAGAUGUUUGGAUGGCAAGCUCGAUUGCCUUGACAAUGCUGUAAGCACGGCAAGCUCAAUUGCCUUGGAAAUGCUGUUGGUACUUCUAAGACGGCUCCAUUGCUUUAGCAAUAUUGUUGGUACCUCAAGGUCAAUUGCCUUGGCAAUGCUGUUAGGAUAGCAAGCUUGACUGUCAUGGCAAUGCUGUUGGUUGCUCUAGCUUACCAAGCUCAAUUGCCUUGGCAACACUGAUGAUACACCUCCAGCUCAAUUGCAUUGGCAAUUCUGUUGGUACCUCAAGCUUGAUUGCCUUGGCAACACUGCUGAUACCUCAAGCUCGAUUUCAUUUGCGAAGCUGUUUGUACCUCAAGCUUGAUUGGCUUGGAAAUGUUGUUGGUAUUAGGUAAGCUUGAUUGCCUUGGCAAAGCUGUUGGUACCUCAAACUCGAUUGCCUUGGCAAUGCUGUUGGUACAUCAAACUUGAUUGCCUUUUCAAUGCUGUCGGGAUGGCAAGCUUGAUUGCCUCUUGGCAAUACUGUUAGGAUGGUAAGCUUGAUUGCCUUGGCAAUGCUGUUGGUACCUCAAGCUCGAUUGCCUUGGCAAUGUUAUUAUACCCCCGCAACGAAGUUGGGGAGGGGGGAUUUCCUUGAAACUUUGCAUAAAUGAUCAGUAUCUUAUG